UUAAAAAUCAUUUUACGAUAUAUUCUAGCCGACUGCGAUUGUGGAGCACAUGGUGAAUGCCUAACAGGAAACGAAUGCACCUGCCACGUUGGGUAUUUUGACGAUGGAGGCGUGUGCAGAGGUAAGAUUUAUAUCAUUUCAACUAUUUUUUCUCCUUGCAGAACUUAGUCAACAAACGCUGGUGACUUUGGGUCACCUGUAGUGUAAUAAUUAUCACAUCUAACUCGCACAUACAGGGUUAGGGUCCGAAACCUCCCCGGUGAACAAAAUGCAAUUUCCACAGUUUUUUAUAUUACUAUUAUACCGGCCAGUUACUUGGUUCUAUUUACGCUGGGAGCGCUUAUGGUUAUUUCUGUCAGUUGGACGAUAUCACAUAAUUAUUAACAAGCGGAAACUGAAUUGUGAAAUGUUCUCUCUCUUAGUCAUGUCCCUUGUUCCCGAGUUAUUCCCCUCUCCCAAACCAACUUCUUAUGGCCAGCAUUUUCUUUCCUUCAGAUGUUGACGAGUGUAGAACUACUUGUAUGAAAGACACCCAGCAAUGUAUAAACAGUCAGGGCUCCUACAAUUGCAAGUGCAAAGCGGGAUAUGAAAAGAAGAAUGGUGCAGCUGACGACGAGUGCACUAAGGGUAAAAGUUUGUCUUUCGUGGAAUUACUCAUAACACUUCAUCCAUGACGCUCAAACCUGUACGUGGUGCUAACUGCACUAAAAAAUAAGUUUAAAGAAGCAGCUUAUUUUUGACACAUUUCCGACAUUAACAGAAGACUUCGUUGACUGUUCAUGUACGGGUUUGGUACUUUUAUGGAUUUACUCAAGGAGAUGCAAAGCUAACAUCCAGUUGUUGAACCUCGUAGACAACACAAUGGGAACAUACCGCUUAAAAUUCCUAACCAUGAAUCGAUGUUCUCUAGGGUUAACCCUUUAAGGUGAUGUUACACGGGACGAUUCGCAACGACGUUUUUUAGCGCAAGACAGUAUUACAACAUUGUUCCGAAUGGUUGCAACAUUGUUCCAACAUUACUACACUGUGCUUUGCUCGAAAUCGUCGUUUCGAAUCGUCUCGUGUCACAUCACCCUUACGUCCCGGAAAUGACCAACAUCAAUUUUCUCCUUACGAUAUCAAUGUAUUAUCAAGAGAAAAGGUUAUGGGAAUUUAUGAACUGAUCACUAAAAACAAAAUGCUAACAUAACUCAAAAUUUGGUUACGAGAGUUUAUUAAGAAGUUUUUUUACAUGCCUGAACUUCCACGUUGUUCGAAAGGACCGGAGUUAUUUCAUGCGGGAGUCAUCAAGAAGUAAGUCGUUACAAACAUCGUAACACUUUGUCCAAUAGAGUACGUUUUUGUAUUGAUUUUUCAGUGUGCAAAUGCAGAAAACAUGAGAAAUGUGACAAAAAUGGAAAUUGCAAAUGCAAGAAAGGCUACAUCAAGAAACAAGGGGAAUGCGUACGGGUUAAAGGUUUGUGUCUCACUUAUUACAGUUGAACUUCUACGAACGGCCACCUCUCUACAGGAACCACAUUUUUGGCGGACAGUCCAUAAUUGACACUUUUUUCCACCUCUCUACAACGGCCACCUCUUUACAGCAGCCACUUUCUUCUAUUCCCAAGGCCGUUGGGGAGGGGUUCAACUGUAAUUGUAAUAUAACAUCAGAGAAUACUGUACGCCUUUUAAAUUCUCUUUUUUGUUUCCUAAAGGGCUUACAUUUCACUUCUUUCUCACACCCUUCCCACAAAAACCAUCAAGGAUCCUUUCACUUGUCACCUAGUCUUGUUAACAUAAUUUUUUUUCCUAGCGCCUUCCAAGAUCAAGAGUGACGCUUACUCCACCAAGCCUUCAGGUCUCGUGACACUUCUGGCAAGUGUCCUGCUUGGAGGUCUGGCCUUAACUGCAUGA